CUCUCUCUUUCUUAUUUUUUUUCUCUCUCUUGGACAAUUUUUUCUCUCUGUCUCUCUCUAAAAAUCGAGCGAAAAUUUUUAUUUUUAUUUCUCACUCUCGAUUUUCUCUCUCUUUAAAUUUUAAUUUUCUUUGUUUUUUUAAAUCUAUAGAUCGACAAGGCGGCUUAAGGAAUCGAAACGCGGUGGAUGGAUCUGAGAUUGAAUUAGGUCGGGGAAAACGGGAGAAUCGCGAUCGAAGGGAAUUAGGGUUUUGGAAUUGUGAUUGGGGGAAAUUAGGGUUUGAUGAAGGGGAGAAUUUUUGGAGAUGGUGAAAGGUAGGGUUUUGGGUGGAUCUAGGGUUUGGAAUUAGUGAAAGAAGGGGGGGAAAUUAAAGAGGGUGAAAAAGAAAAGAUAAAAAAUAAGGAGGGGGGAUUGAUGGUACUCGAAGGGGAAAAUGCAAGGCUAUGCAUGGGCGGGGAGGAGGUGAGGAGAGGAAAAGGGCACGGCACAUGUGGACAGUCCCUACACGUGCAACGGCGGUUCUGAGUGGUGAUGGUGGUGCUUCUCCCUCUUCUUCUUCUUCAUCUACUGUUAAUUCAUUUUGCAAGGAUGGACGCAAGAUCAGUGUUGGUGACUGUGCUCUCUUCAAACCGCCCCAAGAGUCUCCACCUUUCAUUGGAAUAAUUCGUUGUCUAAUUGCUGGUAAAGAAAAUAAGUUAAGGUUGGGUGUGAAUUGGCUUUAUCGACCUGCUGAAGUAAAGCUUGGCAAAGGCAUCCUGCUGGAAGCUGCGCCAAACGAAAUAUUUUAUUCCUUUCACAAGGAUGAGAUUCCUGCUGCAUCCUUACUCCAUCCAUGUAAAGUUGCAUUCCUUCCUAAAGACGUUGAACUUCCGUCAGGGAUUUGCUCAUUUGUGUGCCGGCGAGUAUAUGACAUUACAAACAAGUGUUUAUGGUGGCUAACUGAUCAAGAUUAUAUUAAUGAACGACAAGAAGAAGUAGAUCAGCUGUUAGAUAAGACACGUUUAGAAAUGCAUGCAACAGUGCAGCCAGGUGGCCGUUCUCCAAAGCCAAUGAAUGGUCCGACAUCAACAUCCCAGAUAAAACCUGGUUCAGAUAGUGUACAGAACAGUGCUUCCUCAUUUCCUUCUCAGGGUAAGGGAAAGAAAAGGGAGCGUGGUGAUCAAGGCUCCGAGCCUGUUAAACGGGAACGUACUAGUAAAAUGGAUGAUGGGGAUUCUGGUCAUGGUAGACCAGAAAUUAAUUUAAAAUCUGAGAUUGCAAAAAUUACUGAAAAGGGGGGACUAGAAGACUCUGAAGGAGUUGAGAAAUUGGUGCAGCUGAUGGUGCCCGAGAGAAAUGAGAAGAAAAUAGACUUGGUGAGCCGGUCAAUGCUUGCUGGUGUGAUAGCAGCCACGGACAAGUUUGACUGUCUUAGUCGUUUUGUUCAGCUUAGAGGGUUGCCUGUUUUUGAUGAAUGGCUCCAGGAAGUCCACAAAGGGAAGAUUGGUGAUGGUAGUGGCUCCAAAGAUGAUAGAUCAGUUGACGAUUUUCUUUUAACCUUACUCCGUGCACUUGAUAAGUUACCUGUAAAUCUUACAGCUCUACAGAUGUGUAACAUUGGCAAGUCUGUGAAUCAUUUGCGUAGUCAUAAGAAUUUAGAAAUACAGAAGAAAGCAAGGGGCUUAGUUGAUACAUGGAAAAAACGAGUUGAGGCUGAGAUGGAUGCUAAGUCUGGUUCAAAUCAGGCUGUUCCCUGGUCUGCAAGACCUCGUAUUUCUGAAGUUUCUCACAGUGGAAGCAAGCACUCUGGAUCAUCUGAGGUUGCAGUGAAAAGCUCAGUAACACAAUUUUCUGCCUCUAAAACUGGUUCAGUUAAGCUUGCUCAAGGAGAGACUCCCACCAAGUCUGCUUCUGCAUCACCAGGAUCUAUGAAGGCAGCAACAUCGCCUGUGUCAGCCAGUACAAACUUGAAAGAUGGACAGGCACGAAAUGCUACUGCUGUUGGAACCUCUGAUCCUCAAACAACUGCUAGGGAUGAGAAAAGCAGCAGUUCUAGCCAGUCCCACAACAAUAGUCAGUCUUGUUCUAGUGAUCAUGCGAAGACUGGGGGAGUUUCUGGUAAGGAGGAGGCAAGAAGUUCUGCUGCUGGUUCAGGAACGGUGACUAAGAUCUCAGGUAGUUCUUCACGGCAUCGGAAAUCAAUUAAUGGUUUCCCAGGGUCAUCUGGGGUUCAAAGGGAAACUGGUUCUAGCAAAAAUUCAUCUUUGCACAGAAAUCCAGCUUCAGAAAAAAUAUCGCAGUCUGGUUUAACAUGUGAAAAGGCAGUGGAUGCUCCUAUGGCUGAGGGUAAUAGUCAUAAGUUCAUUGUUAAGAUCCCAAAUCGAGGUAGAAGUCCAGCACAAAGUGUCAGCGGAGGAUCUCUUGAAGAUCUUUCUGUCAUGAAUAGCAGAGCAUCUUCUCCUGUGCUUUCAGAGAAGCAUGAACAAUCUGAUCGUAACACAAAGGAGAAGAGUGAGACUUAUCGGGCAAAUGUUACGACCGAUGUGAAUACUGAAUCAUGGCAGAGCAAUGAUUUCAAAGAUGUGCUGACUGGGUCUGAUGAGGGAGAUGGUUCACCUGCAGCUGUUCCUGAUGAAGAACACUGUAGGAUUGGAGAAGAUGCUAGGAAAACAACUGAAGUUACAAAAACUGCUUCCUCAUCUUCAGGAAAUGAACUUAAAUCGGGGAAACUGCAGGAGGCUUCUUUCAGCUCCAUAAAUGCUCUAAUUGAUAGUUGUGUCAAGUACUCUGAAGCAAAUGCAUGCAUGCCGGUUGGGGAUGAUGCUGGAAUGAAUUUGCUUGCUAGUGUGGCUGCUGGAGAGAUUUCUAAGUCAGAUGUGGCUUCGCCAAUUGAUUCUCCACAAAGAAAUAACCCUGUUGUUGAGCACUCUUCCACAGGCAAUGAUACAAGACUAAAACCUUCUGCUGGGGAUGAUGUUGUUCGAGAUCGACAUCAGUGUGUUGAGGGUGCAGAUGAUGAGCAUCUGAAGCAGGGUACUGUUGCCGGUAAUUCAUGGGCUAAGAAUGCAGACUGCAAGACUGGUUCCUCUCAAGAAAAAUCUGGAGGAGAGCUGAAUGAGCACUUAAUUUCAUCAAGUAUGGGUUUGCCACAGACUGCAGACCAGUGUCUUGAAAAUGGUAAAUUGAAGGAAAUUGUAACAGCUGCUUUAGUCAAUUUGCCCUCUGGAAGCACUGUGGAGAAAACUACUGCUGUUGGAGAUUCCAAAGAGCACCUGGAGAAAAAGGCUGGUGGAGUGGAUGAUGAUAGCAGUUUGGAUACGAAACAAAAGGGGAGCACUUCUUUGGUAAAUGAAGAUAAGGUCGUCGAUCCAGGUGUAAAAGUUGAGAAAGAAGCGGUUGAUGGAUCUUCAUCUGUACCAUCUAUGGAAGUUGAUGUUGAGGACAAGAAAAAUGUCACUGAAGGUUUGGAUAGAAGUUUGCAGACUCAUGAGAAUUCAGCAGCUGUUACUGGAAAUUCCACAAAAGGAGCAGAUAAAGAAGCAUUGCCUCCUGGUUCUGCUAAAGAUAUUGUUUUGGAAAAGGUUGGUGAAGUGAAGCCGGAGAAGGAUGUUGAGACUGAUGCACGUAGUCAUGUCGCUCACACUGAGAAGCAAAAACCUGAGUGGGAAACUGUUACUGCUCGUAAAGGUGAGCAGGUGGAGGAGAAUUUAGAAUGUGGCGAGGUUCAUGAACCACGUGGUGGACCAUCUCCUUGUAGGGCAUCAUCCACAGUAAUGGAAACAGAACAACCCACGAGGUCAAGGGGAUCUAAGUUGACUGUUGCAGAAGCAGAUGAAGCAGAAGAACGUACAUCAACCACCUCAGAUGCUCCUGCAACAGGUGGUGCAGACGCAGAUGCAAAAGUAGAAUUUGACUUGAAUGAAGGCUUUAAUGCAGAUGAGGCGAAAUUUGGGGAGCCAAAUAACUUGACAGCACCAGGAUGUUCAGCUCCUGUCCAAUUAAUUAGCCCAUUGCCUUUCCCCAUUUCUUCUGUGUCUAGCAGCCUCCCUGCUUCGAUUACUGUUGCUGCUGCUGCAAAAGGGCCAUUUGUUCCUCCAGAUGACCUACUGAGGACUAAAGGGGUACUGGGUUGGAAGGGAUCGGCAGCCACAAGUGCUUUUCGGCCUGCUGAGCCCCGAAAGUCUCUGGAUAUGCCUCUGGGUACAAGUAAUGCUUCCAUGCCUGAUGCUACUACUAGCAAACAAAGUCGUCCUCCAUUGGAUAUUGAUUUGAAUGUACCUGAUGAGAGAGUCCUUGAGGAUUUAGCUUCCAGAAGUUCUGCUCAAGGUACAGACUCUGCACCAGACCUUACAAAUAACCGCGAUUUAACGUGUGGUUUGAUGGGUUCUGCACCCAUUCGCUCUUCUGGGGGACUUGAUCUUGAUUUGAAUAGAGUUGAUGAGCCUAUCGAUUUGGGUAAUCACUCUACUGGCACUAGUCGUAGACUGGAUGUCCCUAUGCAGCCUUUGAAAUCAUCAUCAGGUGGUAUUCUUAAUGGUGAGGCAAGUGUCCGCAGGGACUUUGAUUUGAACAAUGGGCCUGCUGUUGAUGAGGUGAGUGCUGAACCAUCAUUAUUUAGCCAGCAUAAUAGAAGCAGCAAUGUGCCAUCUCAACCACCAGUUUCCAGCCUGCGGAUAAACAAUACAGAGAUGGCAAAUUUCUCAUCAUGGUUUCCUACAGGGAAUACAUACUCGGCUGUCACAAUUCCAUCAAUCUUGCCUGAUAGAGGAGAACAGCCUUUCCCAAUUGUUGCAACUGGUGGGCCACCAAGAGUUUUGGGUCCCCCUACUGCUGCCACCCCUUUUAAUCCCGAUGUCUAUAGGGGACCUGUGUUGUCAUCUUCACCAGCAGUGCCCUUCCCAUCGGCGCCUUUCCAAUAUCCCGUUUUCCCAUUUGGAACAACCUUUCCUCUUCCUUCAACUAGCUUUUCAGGCGGUUCAACAACUUAUGUUGAUUCAUCUCCUAGUGGGAGGCUUUGUUUCCCCCCAGUCUCACAAUUAUUAGGACCUGCUGGUGCUGUCCCAUCCCAUUAUGCAAGGCCCUAUGUUGUUAGCCUCCCAGAUGGUAGUAAUAAUAGCGGUGCUGAGAGUGGUAGGAAAUGGGGAAGGCAAGGUCUAGACUUAAAUGCUGGGCCUGGAGGCCCAGAUAUAGAAGGAAGAGAUGAGACAUCACCUCUUGCAUCUAGGCAACUGUCUGUUGCCAGUUCACAGGCCCUGGCAGAAGAGCAAGCAAGAAUGUAUCAGGUGCCAGGUGGCAUAUUGAAAAGGAAGGAACCUGAGGGGGGAUGGGAUGGAUACAAGCAAUCUUCAUGGCAGUAGGAAUACUUCAAUGUCACAAUUUGGUGACCCAUGAAAGCUUUUCUUCAAGGAUAGGCAUUGGCUAACCCCCAGAAGUCAUCUAACCUGUGUGCGCUUCGAGGAUGGGUGGUAAGUGAGCCAUUUGAUGUUGUUCAUAGUCUCCGACCCCCAACUUUUCGCUGUAUCAACUGUAUCGUAAAAGAAUCUCUUCGGGGUUUCCAAGCCAUUUGUUCCUUGAAUUUGUUCUGGAUGCAGAUCAGUUUCCCUUGUAGAUAUUAUAACUGUUGAAAAUCAUGCGCUAUGUUGCCCAGACAUUAGAAAUUGGUGCCCAUACUGGUUUUUAGUGCAUAUCUUUCUUGCCUUUUUUUUCUCUUUUUAAUUUUUUCCCAAUUAAAGUGGUCACCAAAUUUUGAUACUCAAGCCUUUUCUGAUCUGGCAUGACUUAGUUGCUCUCUGGUUGAUGUUGUAUUCUAAUCUUAUUUAAUUUAUCAACUCUAAUUGUAGUUCAUCUGCUACAGUUUUAAUUCCUGCCAACAUUGCUAUCAAUGUUCUUAUAAGGUAUUUGGCACUCAGACUGCAUUGAAGUUUGACAUUGCAAUUUCACCUCUAUUGGCCCGUGUUGACCUUACCAGUGGCAACUAUGUCAUUCUUCUUUCCAAGUGUGUUUGCUACUUUGCUUGAUAUUUCUGUCGAUUGAUGCCGGUAGGUCAAACAGACUAAGGAAGCUUUGUUUAUAAUCUGGAUCUGGAACUUGCAGUCAGUAAUUGGCAUGUCAUAUCCACAAGAACUUUCUUUUGCCAAAAUCUUAUAUAUUAAAUUUAAUAGGAAGCAGUAAUGUAAUGAUUCAUGCUUUUGUAUAUGACCGGACAGAAUGUCAUGUAAUCUUUUAUCAGAAAAUUCAUAAUCCUGCUGCCUAGGUGAAACUUGGACAUAUUGUACGGCAGGUGUUUGUGAUGUUUCUUUUGGGUGGAUGUUCUGGACUUGCUUUAUUCAUCAAGGUAACAGAAAAGGAUUCAAAGAUUA